CAGGGCAGGUCGAGCUAGAGGCGGAGAGUUUGGAUAAUUCUAGUGAAAGCAGUGAUGGAGUAGAAAGCGAGGGCAUGAGUGAAGGGGGUGGACCGGACGGAGAGGAUAGUGAAAGACGAAAUCAGUGGAUCUACAGGAUUGCUAGGGGAAAGGCAAGACACCGUGAGAAUAAUGAUAAGGCAGCGGCCGACGGUAAAGGCAAGGGACCACUCCGUGAUAGGAAGAGAGCCACCGGUCGAAGAGCUGGGAAGGAUAAAGAUGACAGUGACAGUGAGGAAGAACUUGUUUUUGAUGGUAUGGAGGAGGAAAUUCCCAGACAGAACUUGCUGAAUUCCGCACUAAGAACGACUUACACUGCAAGGCCAACUCUUGUAAUCGAUCAUUCAAUUGCAGGAGAUAAAAUCGUGCAUACUGGAUCGUCAUCGUCCUUAUAUAAGUUCAGUUCAUUGCCCAGGAAGACAGCAGAAGAUAUCACAUACCGGGCGAAAGUUCCAGGGGUAUCUUUAUCUUUAAUCUUCUGCUUGAGUUCUGGAGACUGUCUGCGGUUUCCGAGAGAAAUCUCGGACAUCGCAGACAGCCUCCAGAACUCAAGCAGCAGGAUUGAAAUCAACACCGUAGUGACGUCAAAAGACAGCAUAAGCGAAACUCCUGGUGCAGAUGUGGAAUGA